AUGGACUCGUUAAGGACAGCAUUUGCUAAUCAGGAUAUAGAGCCGUUUUAUAUUGGGGGUAUAUCUGCAAGUGUUUCGGCAAAUGGAGAAAUAUUGGCUACGCCAAUUAAUGAAGAUGUAGUCAUAACUGAUUUAUCUACCCAUGAGAUCAUACAUAAGAUUGAAGGAGAUGGAGAACUUAUUACAAACUUACUGAUUACACCUGAUGCAAAGAAAUUAGCUAUAUUGUCUCAAUCACAACAGUUACGUAUAUUUGAUUUGAAUGAAGGUGAAAUUACUAAAACUUUCAAGAUGUCAUCACCAGUAUACAUGUCAGCUGUAGACAAAACAUCAUCAUUAUUUGCAUUUGGGGGAUCUGAUGGGGUAAUUACAGUGUGGGAUAUUGAAGGUGGAUAUGUCACACAUUCUUUGAAAGGUCACGGUGUUACAAUUUGUUCGUUGACUUUUUAUGGUGAACUUAAUUCUUCAAAUUGGAAAUUGGCCAGUGGAGAUAUCAUGGGUACUGUUAAGAUAUGGGAUUUGGUUAAAAGGAAAUGCAUUUCAACUAUAAAUGAACAUAAUUCGGCUGUUAGAGGUGUAGGAUUUAGUGAGAGUGGGGAAUAUUUCAUAACUGGUGGUAGAGAUCAAGUUGCCAUUAUUUAUAAUACCAAAAACUUCAAAGCACUUAAAACCUUCCCAGUAAAGGACCAGAUAGAAAAUGCAGGUUUCAUAGAUUUACCAUGGAGUAGGAAUAAUGAUAAUUUAUAUUUCUACACUGCAGGUUCUGAGAAUAUCUUGAAAAUCUGGAAUUUUGAUAGCGGUAAAUUAGUUGCCCAAACCAUGACACCGUUACAAACCAACGAAGAACUAAUGAUCAUCGAUGUUUUGGAAUUGGAAAACAACCGCUUAAUGCUAGUUAUUAGUGAUCAAACAUUGGCAUUUGUUGAUAUGAAUGAAUAUGAUGACGAAUCCGAAAUAGUUGAAAUACGAAUUAUUAAUAGAAUUGCCGGUAAUCAUGGAACUAUUGCAGAUAUAAGAUAUGUUGGUCCUGAAUUUCAAUUUCUUGCAUUAGCUACUAAUUCGCCAUCGUUAAGAAUUUUAAACCCAGACAGACCUUUUGAAUUGAAUAUUUGUGAGGGCCAUACUGAUUUGCUUAAUGCAAUUGAUGUUUCUCUUGAUGGAUUAUGGAUAGCCACAGCAUCUAAAGAUAAUGAAGCUAGAUUAUGGAGAUGGAAUGACAAUUCGUUUGAAGAAUAUGCGGUAUUUCAUGGUCACGCUGGUGCGGUUACAGCAAUAAGUUUACCUAAAUCUACCAACCAAGAGUUUCCACCAUUCAUCAUCACUGGGUCAAGUGAUUUGACUGUUAAGAAGUGGAAAGUUCCAAAACCCACGGGUUCUGUCCAGGUUGUUAAAACUUCAGAAUAUACAAGAAGAGCCCACGAAAAAGAUAUAAAUUCUAUAGAUAUUUCGCCAAAUGACGAAUUCUUUGCUACCGCCUCUUAUGAUAAGUUAGGGAAAGUAUGGAAUUUGGAAAGUGGUGAAACUAUUGGUGUAUUGAAAGGACACAAGAGAGGUUUAUGGGAUAUCAACUUUUGCAAAUAUGAUAAGUUGAUCGCAACUAGUAGUGGUGAUAAGACGGUCAAAUUGUGGUCUUUGAACGAUUUUACCUGCACUAAAACGUUCGAAGGACAUACAAAUGCUGUACAAAGAGUGAGAUUUUUCAAUAAAAAUCAACAAAUUAUAUCAUCUGGUGCUGAUGGAUUAGUCAAAUUAUGGGAUGUGAAAGAUUUGGCAGGUGAAUGUUUGAAAACUAUCGAUAACCACGAUAAUAGAAUUUGGGCUCUUGAUGUAAAGAAUGAUGGAUUAGAAAUUGUGACGGCUGAUGCGGACGGUCAAUUAUCUAUAUGGUCAGAUAAUACAGACGAGUUCUUGCAAGAACAAGAAGCUAUACAGAAGACUAAGGUCGAACAAGAACAAAAGUUGACCAAUUACAUCACUACCAAAGAUUGGUCUAGUGCAUUUUUAUUGGCAUUGACUUUAGAUCAUCCUAUGAGAUUGUACAAUGUGAUCAAAUCAUCUAUUAAUUUGAACGAAGAUUCCAAUAGCGCUAUUGGGUCGUUUAAGUUAGAAGCAACCAUCGGACAAUUAGUAUCGGACCAGCUUCUCAAGCUAUUCAAGAAAAUAAGGGACUGGAAUGUCAAUGGUAAGUUCUUCGAAAUAAGUCAGAAACUUAUUACAGUAAUCUUACACAAGUUUGAAAUUGAUAGCUUGAUUGAAAUUCCAGGAUUGAUGAAACUUGUCGAUUCAAUUAUUCCUUACAGUGAGCGUCAUUUCACUAGAAUUGAUGAUCUUAUCGAACAAAGCUAUAUAUUAGACUACACAGUUAAAGAAAUGGAUAAAUUAGAUUAA